AAGGAGCCAGCAGAGCCGGGGCGGCAGACAGCAGGGCUGAAGAGAAGAAAGAAAGGCAGAAAUAAAAGCCGGACCAUGCUGGUGUGAAUGAUCGUCGAUCAUCGUCGCUUACUGUGACCCAAACCUGAGCCAAAGAAGAGGCUCCUGACUCCCAACAUUGGAAGAAUGGGGAAGGACUACUACAAGAUUUUGGGGAUUCCCAAAGGCUCAAAUGAAGAGGAGAUCAAAAAGGCGUACCGCCGCAUGGCACUCCGCUUCCAUCCUGACAAGAACACAGAUGCCAACGCAGAGGAAAAGUUCAAGGAGAUUGCAGAGGCCUAUGAGGUUCUCAGUGACCCUAAGAAGAGGGUGGUCUACGACCAGCUGGGAGAGGAAGGGUUGAAGACAGGUGGCAGCAGCUCAUCAGGUGCUCCUGGAAGCUCAACAUACCACUACACUUUCCAUGGAGAUCCUCAUGCAACUUUUGCCUCCUUCUUUGGCGGCUCCAACCCUUUUGACAUGUUUUUUGGCUCCAACCGGAGCCACAGUCGCUCCAAUGGUUUCCCCUUUCACGGCGACCAUAGCAACGACCCAGACCAAGACACAGAAAUGGACGAGGAUGAACCUUUUACUCACUUUGGGAGACAGUUUGGAUUUCCAGGCGGGAUGAAUAAUGGCUUCCCGGGGGAAGCCCGCAGGAGAAGAGGCGCUCCAUCAGAUCGGCCUGGGAACAACAGGAAGCAUCAAGACCCUCCAGUGGUCCAUGAGUUGAAGGUUUCUCUAGAGGAGAUCUUCCACGGCUGCACCAAGCGUAUGAAGAUCACCCGCCGCAGGCUGAACCCAGAUGGAAGGAGCAUGAGAACAGAGGACAAGAUCCUCAACAUCGUCAUCAAGAAGGGCUGGAAAGAGGGGACGAAGAUUACUUUCCCAAAGGAGGGGGAUGAGACUCCUGAGAACAUUCCUGCCGAUAUAGCCUUUGUUCUAAAAGAUAAAGGGCACACUCACUUCAGAAGAGAUGGUUCCAACAUCAUUUACAACUGCAAGAUAAGUCUAAAAGAGGCUCUCUGUGGCUGCACCGUUAGUAUUCCCACGCUGGAAAACCGGGUCAUCUCGCUCCCCUGCCUUGACAUCAUCAAGCCGGGAAUGGUGAAGCGGCUCAGAGGCGAAGGCCUUCCUUUUCCUAAGAACCCGUCGCAGCGGGGUGACCUCAUCGUGGAGUUCUCUGUUCGCUUUCCUGAUAGGAUCCCACCGCAGUCCCGAGAGAUUAUCCGACAACACCUUCCCUCAUCCUAAAAGAGCAUCCUUUUUUUUUCCCUCCACCGCCUCACACACCAGUCUAGAUCCAGAAAAAAGAACUACCAGUAAAAAUUCUUGAUCUUCUGUUUAGUAGUUAGGUAGUUUCCCUCUCCUUUUCCUGUUUCAGUGCAUGCAGCGUUACACGGAUGCCUGGGACUUCUCCCCAGGAGUUUGAGGAGAUUUGGCUCACGCUCCUGCAAAAGGAUUCGAGCGGUGAAGCUGAGGAACUGUGGCUUUGACGGGCUCCUUUUUUCUUAGCAGCUUUGUACGGAUUUGUUAUUGGUUUUAUAAGCUCUUCAAGUCUUCAAACCUUGUUUUUUUUUAUAUGACCUGUUAGGAAUUUUUCAAGUAAAAAGGACUUUUUUCUGAAAUUUUCUUUCCUAAAAAUUUUAAAAUAAGAUGUUUUUCUUUGUACCUUGAUUGUGCUAGCAGUUGUAAUAUGUUCAGUGCACACUAAAACUGGACAUGGGAUUUAGUUCAAUUCAGCUCUGUGCAUAAGCUUUUUUUGUUAUGAUCAGUCUCCCUCAAAGUUUGUUAACACAGGGAAUUCCAUGACACACGUAAAGCCCCAGUGCUUUAUGGUUUAUAUCGAUGUAAUUUAGUUCCAUGGAUAAGUUUGGAAAUGACAAUCAUACACUGUAAGAGCAGUGUGAGCUCAGAAUUUAUAAUCUACAUGUUAAAUGGGUGCUUUCUCUUCUGAGCUGCUGGCUGCUCUGAACUGAAUAGCCUUUGCUCAUUAUCUAAGCGGCAUAGGUGCCUUAGCCCAGUGCCACACCAACCUUAUACGCGACAAAAACUCAGAGGUAGGUGAUGUUGUAAUGUAUACAAACAGACAUGUUUGAACGUAAGACUCAAUGCUGUGUGAGACAUUCACAACUGAGGAAAAUUAAGCUAUCAAAACAUGUGAAGUUCAUAAAGUACUGUAAGCAGAGAAGAAAUGAGACUGAGAGAUUGGUCUAUGUAUUGGUAAAGUGCUAUCUAAGUUCAGGAUGGAUUUCCUGGAGGACCAGAAUCAUGGCCUCAUUUUUUUACCUUAAAAGGCCUAGAUUGCUCCGCAAUUUUGGUUGUGGACAUUCUGUUCUCACUUGUGGCAUUUGAAGGCCAUGUUUUGGUGCUAACGUGAGCAUUGCCAAAAAAUAAAUGGUAUAUCUGCUGGUUUCA